CCGCGAGCUGAUGCGCCCCUUCAACGCGCGCAAGACGAUGGCAGCCUCGGGCGCGCCCACGCCGUACCUCGUCUUCCGCAAGAGCGGGCUGCCGCCGCGCUUCUGCCCGCUCCUCGCGCUGGCGGCGCUCGACGCAAACAAGGCCAACGCGAGCCUCGCAAAGAACUACCUGACGUCGAUGUGCAGGCGGCUGCGCCACUGCGCAGAGGAGCUCAAGCAGCCGCACGUGAUGCCCGAGGCACAGCUGCCGUGGCUGGUCCACUUGCUCGCGCACCACGCGCACUUUGAGGAGGAGUACGAGGAGGACCCUUGCCUCCCCACCACGCAGCGCUGCCUCGACUUCUUCCUCUCGGCGCUCCUCGCCGGCGCUUCCGAGUUCGACUUGCUCCGCACGGUGGGCAACCUGAUCAAGCGCUCUUCCGACCGCGCCUCGGACGACUCGCACGAGGUGCACACCGUCGCCGACGUCGCGCGCGAGAUCCUCGCGAUGCGCGGCAAGGGCGGCAAGUGGUCGCACCGCCCCGUGCCGUCGUCGCUGCGGCUGCCGCAGAUGCUGUACACACCCGCGCCGCCGGGCGCGUCGGACGGCGACUUCGACAUGCUGCCGCACGGCUUCAAGCUGCUCGACCACGUCGGCAAGGGCGGCGGCGGUGUGCUCGCGGUCACCGGCGUCAAGCGGUCGAGCCCGGCGGCCAAGCGGCUCUCGGCGGCCACCCCCAAGCAGCGCGCACUGCCCUCGCCAGUGGGGAUCGACACGGGCAGCGCCAAGAAGGCGCGCCGCCGCAGCAGCAAGGGCAGCGGUAGCGGUGGCAAGGGCAGCGGCGGCAAGGGCCGGAGCAAGGACGAGAGCAGCGGCGAGGAGAGCGAGGAGGAGGGCGGGGAGGGCGGCGAGGAGGAGGCGAGCCUCCCACACAAGACCGCCUCCCCCAUGGAGCAGAGCGACGGCGAGGAGGCCGAGCAGGGCGCCGCCGCUCGCCUCAAAGCGCGCCAGGAGAAGGAGGAGCGCCAAGAGGCGGAGCGCUCGGCGCGCGCAAAGCGCCGCUCCUCCGCCGACGACGAGCAGGGCAGCGCCGCCUCCAAGACGCCGAAGCGGCGCGGCACCCCGACACCGACCAAGGGCGCGCGGUCCUCGGCGACGGUCGGCGAGAAUGUGGCGCCCCAGGGCUCGCCCGCAAAGGGGCGCAGCACCCGGGCGCGGCGCUGAGGCGCGGUGCGACGGCGCGCGAGCGGCGAGGGUCCUGCAGCAGCGGCCGGAAGAGCAAGGCCUGAGUCCCUCCUCGCGGCGUCGGCGAGCCCAGCGGUCGCUCAUCGCUGCGGCACUUGAGAGUGUGGCGGCGCCAUGCGGCGUACCUAAGUACACGAGUCGAUUUGCGAGUGCGCACCGGGCGUAGCAGAAGAGCCCCGGUUGUGCGCUGCGUCGGUGGCAUGAACCGUAUGUACAGUCGCGAGAGUCGGAGGGGGCGGGCAAUGUGAGGCAGCCUGUGGCGCGACGCGGGCGCAUGUGGGGGGUAAUCACAAGGGGAGUGAACACACAGAUCAGGGUGAUCACAGUGGUCUCUUGUCGAGAAAAGUUUAAUAGAGUAC